AUGGAGACUGUUUUGGUUGUCGGGGCCACCAGCAACAUUGGCGUAUCUGCCGUCAAAGCUGCUCUCAACACUGGGCGAAACGUCAUCGCCGUUGUAAGAAAUCAGGCUAGCACCAGCAAACUCCUUAAGCAUGUUGGAACAUCCAAGGGUAUCACGGUUGCAGAAGCCGACGUUACAUCACCAGAUGGUAUUAAAAGCGUUGUGCAACGUGUGCGAGAAGGCCAGUUGCCAUCCUUCCAACAUGUUUACUCAUCAGUUGAAACUUUCGACCUUUCGCCUCACAUUACAGAUGUUGGCACUGAGGCGCUCCGAAGGGUCAUGAAUGUUAAUCUUGAGGCCAACUUUUUCGCAUUCAGAGCUACAAUCCCAUAUCUGCUUGAGCAGAAGUAUGGAAACAGCACCUGGACCCUUCUGACCGGUGCCGCAGGUGGCAGUGGUUGGGCUGGCGUAACUGCCAUCAGUCAGGGAGCGCUCUUCUCCCUGGCGAAUGUGGCUUGUAGAGAACUGGCCGAUACCAACGUCCGUUUUAACGAGGUCUGGCUCGCAUUCCGAGUUGAGCAUGAUGAAGCGGCGGCAAAGCAUGGAAGCAUCGGAUCAUCUGCUUUUGCUCCGCAUUACGAACAGAUUCUUGCUCGGCCAGAGAUAUCCGCCAGCAGGGUCCGCCUUGCGAAGCCAGCCGACAUUAGCAAUUUCACAUGGUCGAAGAAGUUGGUUUGA